CGGGCACGGCACAACAACAACAAUGGUGUAAGCAUUUUCUGCUGCCCGUAAGCCCGUAAAUUAAUUUCGAUCGCGGAUGCGGAGGCAGCAACAUUAACUGGCGCGCCGCGACAAAAGCACUUUUUCCUCUUUUCGCGACCGCUGUGAUUGUGCGGGUGCGACUCGAAUUAAGGUGCAAGUUGCUGUGCUGUGCUGUGUAUGCGUGUGCUUACCGUGGCCGAAGAUGCGUCCAACUCACAAUGCAAUGGUCGUGUUGCAUUAGCUUGUGCUGUUGUGUGGUGAUGAUGGUGGCGCUCGGUGAAUUAGGGCUAAAUUAAUAAUGCUUGCAGGCGGUCCGGUGUGAAAUUGCACAGCCCACAGCAAGGCCCAGAGUGCAACGCUGCCGGUGGCAUUAGGCAUGUAGCGAGUUCCGCUUUCCCCGUGACAGAGGCUUGUGUACGACGACGGCACACAAGGUGACGAAAUCGGUCCGUGCUGGUGGGAACGGAAGUGAUUAAAAGUUAGUCAUCGCGCACCGGCCGAACCGGGGCCGAGUCGCCUGCCAAACGGCGAUUGCAUGUGUAAUUGAAAACAAAAGUGAAUUUAUUGCUUAAACAACCGGCGGCCGGGCAAACGAAUAGCGCUCCACAAACAAAAAGCUCCCCUGCCGCCUCGGGAAAGAAAGAGAGGGAGCGCGCGAAAAGGUCAAGGCAAAGCGUUUUUGUGUGCCAGCAUAAUUGAAGCACGCGCUGCACUUUUCUUUGUUGGGCCAGCCUCUGCAACAGGAGGGACGCGAACCGUUGCGAUGGAUUUCGUCAAUCUGCUACUGUUCUGCCUGAUGUCGUGCGUGAUAGGAGCGGUCGUGAUGUUGCUGAUCCAGUACUACGCCUUCGUGCGAUACUUCCGCCUACCGGAACUGGACCAGGAGCAGGAGAAUCAGCGCAGAUCGGCGUUCAGCGAACGAUACGUCCUGCCCGAUACCCUGCUGGAAAACAUAAAGGCACCGGAUCAGGAGAGCAAAUCCACGAUAAUGGCCAUCAAUCUGAUACUGCAGUUUCUGUACUUCGAGCUGCGGCAGUCGAACCGCGUGCGCAAGUGGUUCCACCGGAAGCUGUCGCUCGAGCUGGACGAGCUGAUAAGCAAAACGACGACGGGCAAGCUGUUCGACAAGCUGACGAUCCGCGAUCUCGACCUGGGCAGCCAGUUUCCGGAGAUUAAAAACUUUCGGCUGCAUGCGGUCGAUCUGCACCCGGACGAGGGCCAUAUCGAGAGUUUGGAUGUGCUGCUGGAUCUUCACUACGAGGGCAACUUCCGGCUCACGAUCGAUGCGGACAUGGUGCUGGGGAAGAAGGGAUCGCUGGCGCUACGGGUGAAGCAAGUGUCCGGGUUGGCACGGUUGCAGUUUACGCGCAAACCGUACACGCACUGGUCGCUUAGCUUCAUCAACGAUCCGAAGGUGGAGCUGGACGUGCAGUCGCACUUCCAAGGGCGCCAGAUGCAGUCCAACAUUACCAGCCUGAUCUCAAACCAGAUACGGAAGGCGAUCCGCCGGAAGCAUACACUUCCUAACUAUAAGCUAAGAUAUAAACCAUUUUUCCACCGUGUGGAAGAGGACUACGAACUCAACGAAAUCGUACCGAACGGAUCGCUGGAGGUGACGAUAGCGGAAAUCUCGCGCCUAAACGCUCCCAUCCGCACGCUCACCCACGUGUACUGCACGCUAACGCUGGCCCACAUGCCGUGGGUGGUAGCGCGCCAGCAGGAGGAUCAAAGCGUCAUGAUCGUGUCGCUCGAUAUCGAAAUUCAUAAGGCCAAAAACCAGCAGAUCGGUAUCGUGUUCAAGCAAACGGACCAGACGGUGCUGAUCGAUGCGGUCAUCCCGAACACACCGGCCUCGAAAGCGGAACUACGCCGCGGUGACGUACUGCUCUCGAUCCAGGGCAAACGCGUGACGAACAUUAGCCAGGUGCCGAAGGUGAUAAAGGCGCUUAACCGGCCAAUGUUUGUGCUGCGCAUCGAACGGUUGGUGCCGGGCCAGAUAAAGAACGAUGGUCUGCUGGAAGAUUUCGAGCCCGAUUUUGAGGAGAUUGAUCCGAAUCUGAACAUCACCUUUGUGAAGAACGUUGAGGCGGUACAAAUCGGUAGCGGUAGCGCUGGUGGGACGGUUCUACGCGAGCGAAAGCUUGUGAGGCGAAAUUCCAAAGAUAACAGUGGCGGGGAAUCGAGCCACUCGAACACACCCGGUACGACGCCGGUGAAAAAACCGAUCGCUGUUGGGCGUGACUCUAUUAUCCCUGGGAUGGAGACAACGCCGCGCGGAAGCUUCUCGGAACCAGGCACGGGCGGGAAGUUGAAGGGAAGUGGGGACUGCUACCCGCAACACUCGUCGGUUGAUGCGGAAUUCAACUCGUUCAUUCGGUUGGACGAUCCGUGCACGUUCCAGCUGAUGGAGAAGUACUCCUACCUGAACCUGAGCGUGUUCGGGAAGAGUAGCGAUGAGCACCGGCUGCUCGGGUAUCUCAACAUCCCGAUCAACAGCAUUCUGGUGGAGUGUAAUGAAUCUCACCUGGGCCAUCAUCUGAAGAAGUAUCCUUUGCUGCCACCGGAAGCGAUCGAUGUCUCAAAUCAUCCCCUCUCGAUGCAGUCUGGCUUCGAUCAAAACUAUUGCUACGGCGAUGUGCUGCUGUCGUUCGUCUGGAACGGAAGUGCGCUUGCCUGCUCCUCGGCAACACCCAGCAAAGGCGUCAGUGGCGAGAACAAGAAGCAACGGCUCAUCACCAUCAGCCGAGGAUCAGCCGACAAGCUGGAUGAUGCGGAUCGUACCGAUGGGCUGCUGGAGGUUAAACCGACCACGGCCACCUUCACACAGCUGCCGACCGUGGUACAACCCCAGCAGCAGCACGAUUUCAUUCGCACUCACUUCCACCGUACGACCCAGUGCGAUUACUGUGGCAAGAAGAUCUGGCUUAAGGACGCCGUACAGUGUCGUGACUGUGCGAUGUGCUGUCACAAAAAGUGCAUCAACAAGUGUCAAAGUUCGACCGUUUGUACGGCAAACGAGGUCGCAGUUGGAGCGGCGACAUCCGCCCCAGUGGAACGAUCAUCAUCAUCGUCCUCCUCCUCGACAACGACAGCGAGCGCAAGCAGUGCGUCGGUUGUAGCGGCGGCCGCCUCGCCAGGUUCGCUACAGCCCGAGUUUAAAGUGACCGAACCCGAAUCACCCACGAUAGAGGUGGAAGACUUUGUGGACAUUGCCGAAGAACAGCAGCAGCAGCAGCAACAGCAGCAACAGCAACAGCAGCAGAUCGCGUCGAAGACGAAGCUCGAAACACAUCGCCAAAGCUUUAGCGAUCUGCUCGUCCAGGGCCUGAAGCGUGUCAAUUCCGCCAACAACCUGUCCAUUCCCACGAUGGGUGGAUUGAAUCCGAGCAGCAAAAGCUUACCGCCAACACCGCAACACACACCGCGCAAACAGUCGCUCGCAAGUGUAAGCGCGAACCCGUUCCUGCUGGUAACGCAGCGGCUCGAAAGCUUGCUGGAGGACGUAAACGAGCUGAGCAUGGAGCAGAUUGUCGAACUGACGGCACCGCUCAUCGAGUACGGUCCGUCCGAUACGCUGAUGGCGCUGGCCAAGAGCAGCAGCAAGGCGAUGUACGGCGACUGCGAGCCGGACGUGCGGACGGACAAGAUAAACAAACUGCUUUCCAAACUGCACAUAGCGCUGGACUACGAAACCAUCAACCAGUCCGCGCUAAACGCGACCAAGGAGAGCAACAGUAGUAGUUGUAGUGCUAGUAGUGGCAAUAGUGGCGCAGGUGCUAACCCGAACGGCAAAGAAACCACCGACGGAAAGGGCAGGUCGGCAGCGCAACAGCAACACGACAGCACCAGAUCGGCCUUCCUGGCGGGCCAAUCGGAAGAGCGGGUGCAGGCGCUCAGCAUCAUCAUGCUCCAUCUCUGCUCCGGUCUGCAGUACGUCCAGGGUAAUCUCGGUCAAUGAGAAUAGCAUUUGCUUCGGCAGUACUCGCUGGGCUCGUCAUUGCUAGAAGCUACCACCACCAGCAACAGCAGACUACCGGAGCUACUAAUGGCGGACAAGUCCGUUGGUGGUAGUGGUGGUGUUGGUGGUGGUGGUAGAAAGAGUCCCUUCCGCUCGCGUCGCCUUUCCGUCUGUCGCAAGCGGGCGCUCGGCAUUUUCCAGCGUUCCGCUAGUGUCAGCGCUUCGUCCAACGCUACCGGCUACAGUGCCGACAGUUCCGCUAACUAAACCACAUGUCCGUCAGUACAGAUACGCCAUCGAUCCUCACCAGCAUACACGUUCGCGCUUGCCUAGGAAUUUAAUCUGUACAACGUGCUUAGAUGUAGCUUUAUACACAAUCCAUGACGACACAUCACAUUCAAAAAUAGGUGAACCGAUUUUUUCCCCCGUCUCGAUGUGUAGAAGUAGAAGCAAUUUUUGACAACAUCUUUAUCACACUUGCUCUCUCUAUUCUCUAGUUCCGAUUUCAACAACGCUUUUAACACCAACAUGCUGUAGCUCACACACGUACUUCACAAGAUUUCCUUACAGCUUAUUGCCAGGUGUUUGUUCGUAAUGCCAAUCUCAUACUGAAGAAUCUACUAGAAAUGUCAAUAAUUCUAACGCUACCCUUGUGAGACUGCUAGGAAACAUAAAAACUCGUGUGACAAAAAAACCCCGAAAUCUCCCACACUCCAGUAAAAGGAAUUGUACACUUGAUACUGUUUAAACGAACAUCUCUUUGUCUACUUCAAACCGCGGUUCUUUCGCCGUAUCUCUGCAACCAUUUCCAAUAAAAAAAACCCAACACACAACACCCCAUCAACAUCCAAGUAUAGGCGACCUAACGCUACGGACUACACGGGCGACGUGGGAAGCAGAGUUGCUGCAGAAGCUGAGAACGACGGUGGUCGUCGUCGGUGGCAAAUCGAUGCCACUCCACCAACCGAACCCCUUCUGGAGAAGGAAAUUGAAAUUGAAAUUGAAAUGAAGGCUGUUGUUUUCGUUUAGCGUUUAAGUUUAGGCUUCGUAGCAUUUAAGGGUACAGUGUUGUGGACAGUUUAGGGGAGCACUAGGAGGAUAUUUCUGUGUUUAUAAAGAAAUGAGAGAAAUAAGUAGCAGGAAUAAGGAACUUGAAUUGCACGUUUGGUGAUAUAUUGAAGUAGAGUUACGAGGACGUUAAUGUCUCCUUUAAUGGUGCUUUCAGUUAAUUUAUCUCUUAUUUAUUAACCAUUAGGAAGCUAUUCGGUUUCAGUGAUUUGUUAAGGUUUGCAUUAAGAAAUAGACUAACUUUGAAUGGCGAUGUGUAUAAACUUAAUGGAUUUAACUGUCCUCGAAUCCUACAUUCAAGGAGCACUUCGUAAUAUUAUUGCCUUCUUUGACACUGAUAGGGUCCUCAGGACAUAUAGGAGUCUGUUGAAUGACCGUAACGUCCACGGACGCACAGAUAUUUCUAUUAGUGCUCUCAACUGCUCUCUGAGACGAUCAAGCUGAGGGUAAAAUAUCAAGUCAGAGAAAGCCAGAAUUGGGAGACUGAGACCCUUCGAGGUUGUAGUGCUCAAAAAAUGGAAUAAUCAAGGAAGACUUUUUUCAGACAUCGACUGCGAAUUCUGUACAACAAUGCCCAUCUCAUCCAGGACAUUUGCCACCAUUAAGACGGAUUCUUCGACAUCUGGAUCCAAGCUUCACAAGGAUAAAACUACCAGAUUAUAGUCCAGAGUCCAUCAGUCUCCUUAUCCAUAAUUUUAGUCGCUCUUGAUUUGCAGUCCCUUAACCGCUUGGUCCAGAUCAGCUCUACAUUAACUGAUGAUUCUGUAACGCUUAGUCUGUACAUCGGGUGGAUCGCCAGGACACAGAUGCCUCACAGGAAAAAUCCUCAAACUUGCUCUAUUUUUUAAUGCAAACGUUACUAGUGUUAGUGUUUCAAAUCUCUCCUCGUCGCUCCCAGAUACUACUAUAAUGGUUCGUGAAUGGUACUUCGUAAACCCGCUUUUAGAAGUUUUGUGAUGCGUUUUCUGUGCGUCGUGCAUUCUCGUGUAGCAUCCCCAUAUGUGUGUGUGUGUUAAAGGAAAACGGGGAAAAACCAUUGUUUUGCACGUUGAAAAAAUGCCAAAACCAGCAAAUCAUUUAUACUGUAGUGUGUUGUACAAUGUCUACGUUAAGGGCUUGAGCCUGAAGCACUGAAAGCAGUAGGAAGAUCACAUCAAAACUAAUAAUCGAUCAAAACAUAAGUCACAGCAAAUGGAGAUCAACGUCAAGGGGAGUAAAAAUCAAACUCAUUUCUGCAGGACUAAACUCACAUUUCGUGAAGCGGGCCAUCACCACGCACUCACUUUUAUUCUAGACGUACAAGCAUUCAGUAGAGCCCGUGUCACAAUCGAUCAAAUUAAACCAUACUGCACCGCGCUCUCUCUCUCUCUUUCAUCCAUUGCGCCUAGAUUGAUUAGCAAAGCCGUACGUACUGUAGCAUAUAAGUGAUAACUGUAGCAACUGUAUACAACUAUAAGCUAGCGAAAACCACAAAUCACUUUCCCGGCCGCGUGUGUGCGUGUUUUGCUCAUGCGAAGUUUGGAGGAAGUUUUUCAUCACCCUUUUUAAAACAGAAAGCCCCGGUUCGUGAAAAACCCCGCAUGAUGGAAAAGGCGGUAGAGUGCAUAGGCCAUGUUACGUGUUCUGGUUUUGUGUAAUUACACUCUAAUUGCUCUAAUUGUUGACAGUUGUUUUUAAAUAGCCCAACUCACACACACACACAUAAUACUGGCACACAUCAGACACCGAGGUGAAUACUAUUAUAGAGUACACUUUUAGCACUCUGGAAUUACGAUACUUAUAUUUAGGGAGACUACACCUAAACAUUGAUUUUCGCAACAUAAUACAUUCGGUGGACAUUGAUCGGAAGGACUCCGAUACAACACAGUCGGUGAGGUCGUGAUAAUUGAUUUUCUUGUAUUGCUCCCGGAUAAUAAGCACUAAUUGACUGGACCGCGGGAGGUAGACGAGAUGGGAAAAAUUACACCUUACCAGGCAGCGCAUUAGGAAAAUUUGAAAAUAAAAAACUUAUACAAAGAGUA